GCCCACUGGUCAAAGAGCCCUCCAUCUCCCAAAUUCCUCCGCCGCAGAAUCCAUGGCGUCUCGCCACCGUAACCAUCACGACCGCGGUCACUGUCGCCGCCACAACCACCAAGAGACCAUCCACCUUCCCGCCGCGUCAUCGUGUUGCUGCUGCUCCGGCAUUUCUAGUCCCUGCCGAACCAAGUCCGACCACCUUCCUCCGCCGUCGUUGGGUCAUCUCCUUCGUCUCGUCUCCGCUUAUCUCGAGGAACAGAUACAAGAAACGCAUUGUUGUGAUCAGACCCACUUCUGUGAAACCUCUUGCCGGAGCUUCGAAGGGUUCAAAGGACAACGCUUUGUGCAACAGCGGAAGAGCUUUCAACGAGAUUACGACCAUUCCGUCUUGUCUUCUCUUCUCCGGAAAAUCGAAGAUCUCGAUUUUUCGUUCAAUCGGUUUUCGGCUUCUUUGGAUCAUCGUCGUGGUUCGUUAACUCUAAGAGAUUCGGCGGCACGUGUCAUUCAGACCCAUUUUCGUUCCUACCUGGUUCGCAGAUCCAGAUCCCUUAGGCAACUCAAGGAGCUUUCGGCCAUAAAAUCCAGCUUCCUGUCUCUCAAAUCUUCAGUUUCGGGCAAAACCCAUUUCCCUUUCGAAGCUGCUUCUCGAGAAGCCAUGGAUUUGCUUUUGCAGCUUGAUUCUAUUCAGAGCAGGGAUGAUUCAAUGUUACGAGACGAGCGGAAAUCAUUGAGUAGAGAUUUGGUUAGGUUUCUACAGUACAUUGAGGGUUGUGCUGUCAAAAGGUACGAGAUUAUCCGUAAAUCCGCAGAAGAUAUGAGCUUUAUUGCAAGCAGCAGCAAAUGCAGGACUUUGGGAUCCAAACGUCAGGAUUUUGGUUCAUAUGAAGAUAAAAACACAGAGAAAGUGAAGAAACGAACGGAGAAGAGCUUUAUUCCUUCCUCCAAUGGAGACGAGGAAAACACUUCAGAGCUAGAAGAGUUUCACUUUGUGACUGAUAAAGGCAAAUAUAUCCCUAUUGUUUCUGAUGAGAAUAGAAAGGUUGGAAAUUGGAAAUCUAGAAAUGGUAUUCUAGUGAAAGGCAAUGAUGGGUUGAAAUCUCGGGUGGCUAAGACCAUGAGGUUCAACAAGAACGGGAAUGUGUAUCAGGUUUAUGGAAAUGGCCAUGAACUGACUUCAAGCGAGGAGGGUGAUUCACUUAAAAAUGGCGAGGAGAUAGUAAUGAUGUCUUCUGGUAAUGGAACGAGCCAUAGUUCGAAAACUAGAGACGGGGUUUUGGCGAAAGGCGCUGGAACAAAAUCCCGGGUGGUAAAAACUGUGAGCUUUGAUGAGAAGGGGAAUGUGUAUAGGGUUUAUGGAGAUACACCUGAGUCAAGUUCAAUUGGGGAAGAUGAAAAUUCCACGAAUGGAUCGAACAGUGAAAAUGGAGACGGGAAAGAGAACGGUUACGACGAGGUUGAGGAAAUCAAGUAUGUGCCAAAGGAGAAGGAAGAUGCUGAAGAAGAAGAAGAAGAAGCUGGUUCAGAGGAAGAAGAGUCUUCUUCAAUGGGUAGCGAAGGAGAAACAACACCCGAGAGAAAUGUAAGUUAUACAGGAGAAAGUGAACACAAGAGUGAGUUCCAAUGUCAAAAGGGAGGUUUGAUGUUCUCUCCUCCAUUGCCACUAAAAAUGGAACCUUGAGCCAGAGCCAUGGUGAAUCUCCUAAUUCAUUUGGAAGACAGUUUCUGGCAAUUGUCUUGGCUUGUUUCCGGAUUCUCUCUUCUGCACUGAUUCAGACCAUUUGUGUUCUUGAUCUGAUGGAGAGGAAAACCCUAUUCUUGGUUUGUCUAUUAUCAAUGGAUUUGGGUGAUGAGCUUGCUUAGGGUACAUCAAUGGCGUCUAAUCUUGAUAUUGUUAUUGUAAUUCUCCUCAAGUUUCAACAAGUGUCGUUCCACUCUUAUUGCAAUAUAUAUCUAUAUGCUCUCCAUUAGAGUUUGAAGAGAAUAGAUUUGGCUUUUUACAUUAG